UUGGUUUCGUUAUUGCUAUCGUCGUUAUUAUUUGAUACUGUCGCAGCUGUCCUAGUCCGUACCUGUACCUCUGGCUCUGCAAUGUUGUCUUCCUCUAAUCCCCCCCUUUUUUUUGCAUCCACUCAAGCGUCAAUUGUUUAUGCGCAAUCUUGUAUAUUCUGUCUUUCCCCUAACCUCUCGUAUCUUUCUGUUUGUGCGCUUGCGUUAGUCCGAAUAUCACCAGACCGAGGCAACAGUGCAGUUUGCAGGCCAUCCAUCAGCGACGAGCCCUGCGUCUCCGUCUGGAAAGGUCGUUGGCGAGAAGGAGGUUCCCAAGAGCGGACCAAUUAACAGGAUGAAGAACGCACCCAAGGACGCGAUUCCUAUCAGCAAAACACCUAGGAGACAGCGAUCGUCACGAUUUCAUGUUACAGAACGUGUUACGCUGGAGAGAUUGCAAGCGUUGGAUGAAGUGGCGCACAUUGAUCGACAGGAAUUGUUUUUGCGAAAGAUUGGGCAGUGUUCAGUCGUGUUUGAUUUCAACGACGCGUCCUCAGAGCUGAAGGGCAAGGAGAUUAAGCGCCAAGCCCUGACAGAAAUCCUGGACUACAUCACUAACAACAGAGGCGUUAUUACUGAACCCGUAUAUCCAGAGGUCGUGAGCAUGUUUGCGACCAACCUCUUCAGGACAAUCCCGCCGCAGGUCAAUCCCACUGGAGAAGCUUUUGAUCCAGAGGAGGAUGAGCCUGUAUUGGAGUUGGCAUGGCCCCAUCUGCAGAUCGUGUACGAAUUCUUUCUUCGUUUUAUUGAAUCUCCAGACUUCAACACGAACAUGGCAAAGAAGUUCAUCGAUCACCACUUCAUCCUUCAGCUGUUGGAGCUGUUUGAUAGCGAGGAUCCACGCGAGCGCGACUUUUUGAAGACGACACUCCAUCGCAUUUACGGCAAGUUUCUCAACCUGCGAGCAUUUAUCCGUCGUUCAAUCAACAACGUGUUUUUCCAGUUCAUUUAUGAAAAGGAAAGACACAACGGCAUCGCAGAACUGCUGGAGAUCUUGGGAAGCAUCAUCAACGGAUUCGCGUUGCCACUGAAAGAGGAACACAAGACGUUCCUCACAAAAGUGCUUCUACCCCUUCACAAAGCAAGAUCCUUGACACUGUAUCACCCACAACUGGCCUACUGUGUGGUGCAAUUUUUGGAAAAGGAUCCGGCAUUAACAGAAGAGGUUGUUCACGGACUUUUGAGGUUCUGGCCCAAGGUCAACAGCCCCAAGGAAGUUAUGUUUUUAAAUGAAAUUGAGGAGAUUUUGGAUGUUAUCGAGCCCUCGGAGUUUGUCAAAAUCGAGGGUCCAUUGUUCACGCAGAUUGCGCGCUGCGUCUCAAGCCCCCACUUCCAGGUUGCUGAAAGGGCGCUAUACUACUGGAACAACGAGUACAUUGUUAACUUGAUCCAUGACAACGCGAACGAGAUCUUGCCAAUUGUAUUCCAGUCUCUUUAUAAAAACUCGAAAACACAUUGGAACAGGACCAUUCACGGCCUUGUAUUCAAUGCGCUCAAGCUGUUCAUGGAUGCAACCCCCAAGCUGUUUGAUGAGUGCACGAGCCACUAUCGUCAAGCACGCCAAAACGACCGCAAGCGCCUUCAAGACAGAGAGGAGACGUGGCAGCAGCUGGAGCAUCUGGCGGCCGAGAACUAUGCUAAUCUCUCGGCACAAGGUGCUGUAUCGGCGCCACUUCCACCUUCAGCAGAACCUGUCUCAGUUCCACUCGAGCCGUUUGAUCAAGGCGAUGCUGCGGAUGAAGCUGAUGAAGAGCUUUUGGAGAACGGAGGAGCGGAACAGGACCUCUACAGCGGCGAUUUGCAGACAUUUGAUAACAGUGGUCCAGUUUUUCACCAGUUCCGCCGAAAGUCGAUUAUACCAGUGGACGAGACAGUUUUGGACGAACUGUCGCGCCACCGCAGUCUAGAAGAGGUACUGGAUAUGCAGCGCACGUCAGCCAAUGCCGAGAACGAGUAGACUGAGGGAGGAGACAGCAGCAGGGGAAGCAGUUGGCCGUGCUGUCAUUGGAAAGGAGCCAUGGUUGGAUACCCAUUUGUAGGAGAGAGAGUGACAGAGGCCGUGAGAGAUGCAGACGACGCCAUGUCCUGGAAGAAGUGGAUCAUCAGGGAAGUUCUUCAGAGCGAACUCGGGAUUGCAGGUCGGAGGUGGAGACAAGAUGGAGAAGAACAAUCGCCUCAACCCCUUAUAGACUUGUCGAAAAUAAAAUUAGACAUAACUGAUUGCUUCUCCA